GAUACUCCCCUUAUCCAAGAAACCAAAGAAAGGGAAGCGCAAAUGGCGACAUUGCCAUCCUCUACAUUCCAGCUCUCUAACCCAAAUCCCUUAUUUCCAUCAUCAUCCCCACGCACUUGCUCUCCACUCAAACUCCACGCGCCUCCCAGCCAUUCCUUCACCAUCAUCACUCGGGCCACUUCCGAUGACUCCUCCUCCGACGAAACUGACCAGACCCAAACAGAAUCCCCGGGCUCCGACUCAGACGUCUUCGAGAACCGCCUCUCCCAAGUCCGGCUCCGCUACAAAAGCGGAACCGGAAAGAAAGCGGAGGUCCGGAAGACCCGGAAGGGCAAAAAGGGAGCCUCAAGCUCAAGCUCCGGUUCCGGGAUGUACCUCCCUCCGGUGCCCCUGAAGGAGGCCGUCUCAGAAGGGCUGAAUGUGGAAUUCGGGUUCAGCCCGUACUCUGAGCGGGUCAACGGGCGAAUUGCUCUUAUCGGCCUAACCGCCUUGAUUCUCGUGGAGCUGGCAACGGGUCAGGGGGUGAUAAAAUACCAUUCGCCGGCUAUAAUUCUAAUUCAGGUUUAUUUCAUGGCGGCGGCUUCGGCAUUGUACGUUAAGUACGAGAAAGAGAAAGUAAGUGUUUGGCCUCGGACCCAGUCAUCAGCUUCUUCCUCCUCUUCUUCUGCUGACAAAUGAAGACUGACAAAGUUAAUAUUCAGAAGGGUUGGUAAUUGUAAGCAUGUAAAAUUCUGAAUCUUUUUGCGUUCUUGAAUUUAUAGGUGUUGGCUAUUUUCAACUCCUCCUACUAGUA